AUGGACAAGGCAACAAUAGUCAAAGAUACGAUUGAUUACAUUCAACUAUUGCGUGAUCAAGAGAGAACAAUACAAGCCGAGUUGAUUGAACUUGAAUCUUGGAAAUUAGAGAUCCAGAAUUUGGAUUUAUCACCAACGAAGAAACGAGUUGAUAUGAGGGGAUCAAGUAUUUUAAUUAUGGAAGUGAGUAAUGAGUUUUGUUAUGAAAAUAAUACUGAUUUGAAGAUGCAAAGUUUACUAAAAAAAUUGGCAGUUGCAGGUGCAUUUGUGGGAGACAAAAUAAUGGUGGUGAACCUAAAAUGUAGCAAGAGAAGAGACACAAUUGUGAGGCUUUGUGAGGUGUUAGUAUCUGAAGCCCAAUACGAUUGUUUAUUCCUGGAUUUUAAAACCUGGUGUGGUUUACAAAUCAAUCUUACCGAAAAGUGA